CUCCAUCACAUUCACAUUCACAUUCACAUUCACAUUCACAUUCACAUUCACAUUCACGUUCACAUUCACAUUCACAUUCACACUCACACUCACACCACCCCUCUGCAAUCGUGUGCGUAUGCGUAUGCGAAAUGCAAGCUGAUGGCGUGCACAAGAGGCGCAGAUUGUCGCCGCAGAGCAUCCGCACUCCAACGCGCACUCAUGUCGCCCACGCCUCUGCCUCUGCUCGUCCACAUGCUCAGCACGAGCACGAGCAAGGGCAUCGGCAUCGCCAUCCCUACAAUUCUCAAGAUGAGGAUGCAGAGGAGCAAGUGGACAGCGACAGCGACUCGCAGGAGACCGAUGUGCAUGUCCAUGUGCCCAAUGGCGAUGUGCACGUCCAUGUGCCCAAUGACGAUGACGAUGCCAGCAGCAGCACUUUGACUCUGAGCGUAGCGUCAGCGUCUACACCCGCGUCUGCACCGACCAUCAUCAGCCACUCAGGGUCCCACAAAGAGUCGCCUUCUGCUCGACUCUCCAUUCUAUCGCCCGCAUUCCUCACCCCAUCUCGCCACGGCCAUGCAGGCUGCCACGCAGCACCUGGCCGCACCCCCUUCUCCCAAACAUCGCCCAACAUCGAUGCUGGCGCGCUGCAAAGCGCUGCUUCCACACAGCACCUUCGCAAGCCCACGCAAGGCAUCCUCAAGCAAGCUCAGAUGCUGCGCCCGCCUCCUCCUUCCACCAACGCUGCACACAGCGGACAGCAGCGCGACUCUGCCUUCUUGUCCAGCUCGCAGUCCCAGUCCAUGCUGGCAAUGGGACAGCAGAUGCUCUCCGCAGUCAGAGCAAAGACCGCCGCACAGCGAGCUGCUCAAGAAGCUCUGCUGGAAGCCGAAGCCGAAGUUGAAGUCGAACGCGAAGCCAAGUCCGAACACGCAUUUGCGCUUGCGGCCGAGGAGCAGCAGCAGUCGUGGGCGCUGGAAGAGCGCACACGCUUGCCGCACUCUCAGGAACGGCAGUGCGCUGGCCUGGGUGGCACAUCCAGCCAAUCGGAUCCAUGCGCUGACUCCUACGCUUAUCCAGUUCGGCCUUCGACGCCGCCUCACAUGCCAAAGCAUCGCUCGCGCACCACUCUUCCCACCUUGGACGUCCUCUUGCAGCCCUCGCAGUACCCAAAGAUGAAUACAGAGGGCAGACAUGAAGGAUCAGGCAUGGCGCCAGGGUCUCUGCUUGAGGUCACAGGUGGACCUGGCACAGGCAAGACUGCACUGCUGGCGGCCAUGGCGGUAGCAGCAAGACUGGACGCUCUGCGCGAAUGCUUGCUUCAAAUUUCGCACGGCUCAUGCGAAUCGCAGCGGACGGACUGGGAUGCUCUCGUAGACAAAGCCGAGAGCGUACUUGUCAUGGACACCGAGGGCAGUUUGCCCCCAUCGCGGAUUCUGCAGGCAGCCAGAUCGCAAAUAGCCGCACUGGAUGCGGGCGACUCUUUGUUGGUAUGCUGCAGGAGUACUCCUGCCGUGAAUACGCUGGCCGAUCUGCACAGGUCGGGCGCCUGUGCAACUAGCGGUCAGGCGUCGCGAAUGCUCGUCAAGGCAGUACUCGUAGGUGUUCACCACUCGAGGGUGCCCACACUAGCUUCGCUACUUGCGCACAUCCACCUGGCUUUUCCGACUCGGCACUUCGAGUCAACGGAAGAGGAUGGUGACAUGGCGCCGGACGAGCACUCGAGCCAUCUGCCCGCUCGAGUGCGCUUGAUUCUCAUCGACUCGAUCUCAUACCACCUCAGAGGGCCGCAAGGCGAGACUGCGGCCGAUCGAUCCAUUCGCUCCCACGCGCUGUCUCGCAUCGCGCAAUUCGCAGAGCGAUCACGAUCAAGAGGCAUAUGCGUGGUCGCCUCGAAUCAAAUGACCGUCAAGUUGUUCGGCAAUGCUGGCGAAGUCAGCAAUUUCAGGAACCACGAAGCUACAGCUCGACUCGUACCUCAAGUCGUUCGACCAGUCGUGCGGUACGAGCACGAGGAUGAUGGCGAAGGACCUUGCGAAAUGGUUGCGACAACCGAUGAAGAAGCUGCGUGGGCCUUUGGCGAGCGGGGAAGCAUCUUGGGCGAAGAGACGAGCCGAGUCACGCUAUUCCGUGCCGGGCCAGAUUACCAGACGUGAGUGUAGCAAGAGGGGUCGGCUUGGCUUGCCAUUCAGGUUCGUGCUUCAUCGCUUUGCUCAUCGCAUCCGCUUGGAAACAGGUUUGCGCAGCUGACAGGUCAAGCGGCGUCGCAUGCUACCGCACUUACGUCGGCGUCGACUUCGCCAGCCAUCAAAACAGAGGCACCUGAUGGGGAUCUUGCUGCUGACGAGGCCACACAUCCACGAGACGAGCGAAUGAUAGCAAGCUGGAAGACUUGGAUUCGCUUCCACAUCGAUGUGAGUGCUUUGAGACCUGUCAGCACUGUGAGAGCGGCCCCGGACGCAAAUGGAAACAGUCCCCCGAGCGAUUCUCUCGCGCAUCGCUCUUGGCUUUCUGCACUGACGUUGUCUGCUCGACUUCCGCUGCGCACAGGACCAAGGAACUCCUCACGAGACACGGCGGCCUUUUCCAUCACAUCAUGCUCAAUCACAUGUUUAAUCCGUCG